CUACAUGCAAGACUCAUCUUCACUUCACAGAUUGUCUGACUGUCUUUCUCAUGCAUCAUCCUUAUCUAUGUUUUACAAGUUAUGGAACAGAACAUCUUUUUCACAUUGUGUAUCUUCUGUGUUUUUCAUUCAGUGAUGGCUUUCAACAUUGAUCCUAUUACGUGGAGAGAUUUCCCUGAUCCCUCAAACAGCCCAAAAUUUGCUUUUGGCUACAAGAUAAUACAAAGUGAAUCAUGUCUUAUUGUGAGUGAUCCAUUAAUUCAAAUCACACCAAAUGAAAGAGGGCGGAUUUAUAGCUGUCCAGUCACACAAGACUCCCAGUCCUGCUCACCACUUACCAUUGAUGUUCCCGCUGAAGCAGUCAACAUGUCUCUUGGACUUACAAUGACUAAAGAUCCAUCUUCUUCAAAUUUGGCAAUUUGUGGUCCAACCAUUCCAAAAAAAUGUAAAAGUGUUACCACCUAUAAUGGCAUGUGCUUUAUUUGGGAAGACAUAAUGAGCAUUAAACCAAACAUUAAACAGACUGUACCGAGUUCUUUGAGAGACUGCCCUGGUCAGAUUGAUAUAGCCUUUUUACUGGAUGGCUCUGGGAGUGUAGGCGUUGGAAAUUUUGAAACAAUGAAACGUUUUGUGGCAAACAUGAUUAAGCGUUUUAUUGAGCGGGAUGCACAGUUUGCCAUUGCACAGUACUCCAAAGAUUGUGAGAUUCACUACAACUUUAAUGGUCUCAAAACUCAAGGCAGUAUGUGGGAAAGAAAUGUGUUAGAUAUAAAUUAUCAAAACGGAGGUUCUACUUAUACUGCAACGGCUAUCAAAAGAGUUGUGACAGACCUGUUUACAGAAACUGCAGGGGCAAGACCAUCAGCAAAAAAAAUCUUGGUAGUUAUUACUGAUGGACAGUCACAUGACCGACGUGAUCUUCCAGUUGCAUCUUCACAGGCACAGAAAAAGAACAUCACACGCAUUGCGAUCGGGGUUGGCAGUGCUUUCAACAAUGAUUAUGCAAAACAGGAGUUGAAUACAAUUGCUACUGAUCCAUAUACUGGUGUGUUUAAAGUGACAGACUUUGAUGCAUUAAAUGAAAUUCUUAAAAGCCUGGAAGAUAAUAUUAUUGCCAUUGAAGGAACCCAAACAUCUGGUGAUUCCUCAAGAAUGGAGUUUGCACAGGAUGGUUUCAGCACAGCUUUCACAUCAUAUCCAAGUGUGUUAUUAAGUGCUGUAGGAGCUUAUCAGUGGAAAGGUGGCUAUGAAGAAUAUUAUUCAAAUACUGGCUUUCAAGUAGGCAGUGAACAUGAAAGCUAUCUAGGUUAUUCGAUGGCUAUAGCAACAGUGUUAGGAACCAACUACGCAAUUCUGGGAGCCCCAAGACACCAGCAUAAAGGACAAGUUGUUGUUUCAAACCUAAAACACAUUCAAGAUAAACUGGAUUCUCCCAAGCCUCAGAUUGGCUCAUAUUUUGGAGCUGAAGUGUGCGUGGUGAAUCUGAACUCUAACAAAAAGACAGAUCUUCUGUUGGUAUCAGCACCAACAUACACAGAGGGUGACAGAGAAGGCAACGUGUUUGUGUACUUUUAUUCACGUCGGCCACUCUUUACUUAUUCGGAUACGGUGCUUGUGGGCAUGGCAGGGCAGAGGGGGAGAUUUGGCGCAUCCCUGGCCAGUCCAGCCGAUUUGAAUGGUGAUGGCGUUAGUGAUGUAGUGAUUGGAGCUCCUUUAGAAGAUGAUGGACAAGGCAGCAUCUAUAUCUUUAAUGGAAAGCCCGGAGGAAUCAUUUCAACAUACUCACAGAGGAUUAGUGGAUCAUCAGGUCGGAAGUUAUUUGGGAUUUCACUAAGCCAGUCCUCUGUAGACCAUAGUAAAGAUAACCUAGUUGACAUUGCUGUUGGAUCAAUGGGAGCAGUGCAGCUUUUCAGGUCUGUUUUUGCUCUUAGACAGAAUACCACUAAUAAGGUGUCAAAUGCAAAUGCACACAUACACAUACACAUUCAGCCAACACAUUUGUGUCUUUUUAUCUGUGGUGUAUAUGAACGAUUCAGGUCCAGACCCAUUAUGAACUUGGAAACCGAAGUAACUUACAAUCCAUCCAAAAUCCCAACCAGUGACACUACUGAUUGCACAAAGCCAUUGACAAAUACGCUGACAUUGUGCCUCACCAUGAGUGGAUAUAGACAAAUAACAGAUUUGUCUGCAACUAUUACAUACACAAUAACGCUGGAUGCCAAACGACUUAAAUAUCGAGCAUUCUUCUCAAGCAAAAACCGUACCCUUGUAGAUGAGCAGACCAUUAAAUGCAAUGUAAAAAGUUGCAAGGAUUAUUCUUUCCUUAUAGAGCGUUGUUCAGAAGAUGCUCUGAACCCACUGUCCAAUCAGUUAAUUUUCACAUUUGAGGGGCUUCCAUCUACCAGUGCUGCUACAAAAGGCUUGAGACCAGUUCUUCAGCCUGAGACAAAGAACACCAUAGAUUACAAUCUAGACUUUGAAAUAGACUGUGGAAAAGAUAACACCUGUACUGAUGACCUCAGAAUGGAUUUUAAUUUCACUGGAUCCACAAACAUAGAGGUUGGUAUAAUGCAGGAGAUUAAUGUGACAGUGUCCGUAGAGAACAAAGGAGAGAAUUCAUAUAACACGGACUUUCUCCUUAAGUACCCUUAUGGACUUUCUUACAGGAAAAUCACCUCUAAACAGGGGAGAGUCGAGUGUGCUUCUCUUGAUGGUGAGCAAGGAGUUACUCAGGGAGAAACGAUCUGCCACAUCAGUCAACCCAUCUUUAAGGGCAAUGCUCAGGCAGUGUUUGAGAUUACGUACAGUAUUAAUAAGGAAAGCACAUUUGGCCACAAUGUGAGGUUUAGUGCUAGGGUCAAAAGUGGGAAUGACCAACAUUCUCCAAGCAGCAUAUUAUCGCAAGAGAAAACCAUUAGUGUUAAAUAUGCAAUAUUUAUUGGGUUGAUAAGACAUGAAAAUUCCAGCAUCUACAUUAAUUUUACUGCAGGACAAAAUGAUCUCAGGAAACCUAUAAAGCAUAUAUUAAAGGUUGAAAAUGACAUGAGGGAAUUAAAUUUUACAGUUUCAAUAAUGGUACCAAUAAAACUGGGUGAUUCGGACAUCUGGACUGACCUACAAAUAUUAGGCUGCAAGAAGAGCCAGACGGAGAGGAAGCCCACCAUCAACAAACAAGAAAUGAUUGAAGUUAUUAAAAAGCAGCGUAUGCUGAAUUGUUCUGUUGCUGUUUGUGCAGAGUUCACAUGUGAUGUGAAUCUGAUAAGAAAUGAAAAGAUACUCUAUAAUAUAUCAAGCAAUGUGAGCUCUGGAUGGAUUGAGCAGACAGGUCUCAAAGCAGCUAUUUUUCAGUUGGUCAGUACAGCAUCUCUGAAGUAUGAUGAGAGUAAAUAUGUUUUCUUUUCCACUGAGUCCAGAGGCUCGACACCAACUGCCCAGAUUAUUACCCAAGUGGAGGUGUAUGAGGUGGCAAACCUCACUAAAGAGAUCAUCGGAGGGGUCAUAGGAGGACUGCUGCUACUGGCUCUCAUCACAGUGGCUCUCUAUAAAGCUGGGUUCUUCAAAAGCCAAUACAAGCAGAUGCUGGAGGAAGCCCAGGGGGAUGCAGGAGGCGAGGGAGCAAAUUAAUUUGCAUUUGAUCUCUUACAGUAUAAAUAUAUGUAGUUUGAGUUGUCAUUUAAAUGAUGACGUAUAUCCCUACAUAAAUUAUAUUUUGUGAACAGUAUGCUAGAAUGCAUAGUAUUGCUUGUUUUGUGUGUGAAAUACAAACUAAUAUCUAACCACUAAGUGUAACAAUAUAGUUUGUCUGUGCAAGAAUUUUUUUAAUUCCCUAAUACAAAUAUUGUGCUUUUUAAAAUACUGGUGUUGCAUAAACUACUGUUUUUAUAUCUAAAUAUAUCCAUUAUUAGUUUUAAAUAUCCACUGAUUAAAAUUGGUUUAUAAUUGCAUCCUAAAUUGUCCUAUAUUCUAUUGUGUAGUCAGCAUGCAUGCAGCUCAAUUUCUUUUUUUAUUGCUGUAAUGUAUACAAUCAUCUGCAUGCUGUGACUGAAAUUUGAUAAUGGGUAUGUGUGUGUUUCUUCAAAAAAAAAAUAAAAAAAAAAUCUUAAAAUGUUUAUUGCUGAUACUAUAUGUAUGAAAAAUUUACUGUACGGUUUUAAUCAGAAUUUUAUAAUCAUGGCUCUAUUAAGUAUGUGUUUUAACAUUUAUGUACAUUUUAUAUACUUCAUGCAGCAGUUAACUGUACAAAAAAUUGUCACAUAAUAUGAUCACAUAAGGAAUGCUAAACGGACAUAUCCAUGUGCAUGCCAAGUGUCAAGGAUAUAAGACAAUGUUUGAAAGAUAUAAGACAAUGUUUGAAAGAUACUGUAAUUUUAAGACAUUUAGGAAACCUUCAAGUGUCUAUAAGAUUCUAGUUGGACAGUUUUAUAAAAAAAAAGAUAUUAAUAAAGUAUACAAUUUCAAACUUAAUGUC